AUGGCGUUUCAGUACGUCACGGGUUACAACAAGCCGUUCCAGCACGGGAAGGGGGAUGAUCUGCUCGCCGUCGACUAUUUGGCCAUACCGGUUUUCAAGGGAAACCACUACUCGCUCAUCAUCGUGUGCGAUCCAGCGAGGUUGUGGUGCAAGGACGGCGAGGGCGAUGGGGACAAGCUGCAGAUGGUCCUGUUCGACAGCGAGGGCGCACAUGCCGGGGAUCCAACCGUCUUUGAUGGCGCAAAGCUGUGA